CUUUUCAUUCCAAAUGUUCCACGCCAUUUCCAUGUCUACCCCUUUCGACAAAUACUACUCCUCCACCCUCAAAAUGAUCAGAGUUUCAACACAAACAACAGAGAUCUCGCUCUAUCUAUCACUAUCAAAAACCAAAUAAUUGUGUAAGAGGGUCAUACUACGUGAACCCACCCUCCAAUCUCAUAGGAGUUUUUGGAAUAUGCUGAGGGGGUUCAAAACAAAUAUACUCUCAGUCUCAGACGCCUUAAAGAUCAAAGCUUUUAAAGCCAUUUUAUUGUAUGUGAGAGAGCUUUUUGCGAUUAUGUUUGGGUGCAAAUGCUUUUAUUGGAACACACCCUCCGAUUUCUCUCAGCCUUUUCAGCCCCAACCCUAUUCACUGCCAGCUCCCAUUCCUCAAUGGCCUGAAGGUGAAAGUUUUGCUUCUGGAAGAAUAAGUCUUGGAGAAAUACAAGUUAUCAAGAUCACAAAGUUCGAGUUCAUUUGGGGCUACAACCUAUCACAAGACAAGAAGAAAGGUGUUACGUUUUACAAACCAGUGGGAAUACCAGACGGAUUCUAUUGCCUUGGUCACUAUUGCCAACCUAACAACCUGCCUUUACGAGGUUUUGUUCUUGUGGCUAGGGAAGUACCUAUUUAUUCACCAGAAAAUGCUCAUACUUGUGACCCUAUUAAGCCUCCGGCCCUUCAAGUGCCUCUUGAUUAUGCAUUAGUGUGGAGUACUAAUGAUGGGGGUGAUGAAAAGUAUGGUGACUGUGGUUAUAUCUGGCUACCUCAACCACCUGAGGGUUACAAGCCCAUGGGCUAUUUGGUUACCAACAAGCCAGAGAAGCCUGAAUUGGAUGAGGUGAGAUGUGUCAGAAGUGACCUAACAGAUGAAUGUGAAAUUUACCGCCUCAUACUUGAUGUCGGGUACAAAUUUCCAAACUUGCCGUUCCGAGUUUGGAGUAUUAGACCCCAUCACCGGGGCAUGCAGGGGAAAGGAGUUCCUGUGGGGACAUAUUUCUGCAGUAGCUACUGGAUUCCUGGAGAAGAUAUGCCUAUUGCAUGCUUGAAGAAUUUAAAUCCUACUCUACCUGCAAUGCCAAAUCUUGAUCAGAUUCAUGCACUUAUCCACCACUAUGGACCCACUGUUUUCUUUCAUCCUGAAGAGAUCUUCUUGCCAUCUUCUGUUACAUGGUUUUUCAAAAAUGUAGCACAAUUGUUCAAAGCUGGCAGUCUAUAUGGUGAGGAUAUUGAUGCAAAUGGCUCAAAUUUGCCAGGUGGGGGAACGAAUGAUGGGGAAUUUUGGAUUGACUUGCCGAGUGAUGAUCGCAGAGAGAUUGUCAAACAUGGGAACUUAGAAAGUGCAAAACUUGUUGUUCAUGUGAAGCCAGCUCUAGGCGGUAUUUUUACUGACAUUGCAAUGUGGGUUUUCUGCCCCUUCAAUGGCCCUGCCACACUGAAAGUUGGAUUAUUGAAUAUUGCUCUUAGCAAGAUUGGGGAGCAUGUGGGUGAUUGGGAGCAUUACACACUUCGUAUAUGCAACUUCACUGGUGAGCUUUGGAGUAUAUAUUUUUCACAGCAUAGUGGUGGUCAAUGGGUGGAAGCUUAUGACUUAGAGUACAUAGAGGGAAAUAAAGCUGUUGUUUACUCAUCAAAGAGUGGACAUGCAAGUUACCCUCAUCCCGGGAUGUAUCUCCAGGGGUCUGCAAAGCUCGGGAUUGGAGUGAGGAAUGAUUGUGCUCGGAGUAAUUUGUAUGUGGAUUCAAGCAUCCAUUAUGAACUUGUUGCAGCAGAGUAUCUUGGAGAUGAGGUUAUUACAGUGCCUUUUUGGUUGCAUUUUAUGAGAGAAUGGGGUCCAACUAUUGUGUAUGAUUCAAGAACUGAGCUGAAUAAGCUAAUUAAUCUUUUGCCUGUGAUGCUCAGAUAUUCAGUAGAGAAUAUAUUUGAUAAGUUACCUAUUGAGUUAUCUAGAGAGGAAGGUCCUACUGGGCCCAAGGAGAAGAACAAUUGGGUGGGAGAUGAAAGAAGCUAGUCAGCCAAAUUUGUCGCACAUCCACCUAGAUGGAUUGUUGUCCCACGUCUCCUGCAGGGUUAUGUUGAUAUAAAAAAUAUACACUCAUAGUGAAUAUUGUUUAAGGGCUGGUCUUGUUGUAACUUAUGUAUAUUUGUCGUUCUUGUAUUUAUGUGUUUAGAUAGGCUUGCCAAGCCCUCCAAUUUAAGCAAAGGAGCGCGAUAGGAAUAUCAAUGUUAAGUUAAAUUUUGAGUUUUUUAUAAAUAUAGUACGGAAAAUAUGUUUAAUCAAUGUAUUGCAUUUUUGAAUAUUAAAAGCGUAUUUUCUUCUAA